AUGCAAACAUCUAACGCAAUCUCGUUUCCACAAGUGGUGCCUGCCACCCCGUCCUUGACUGUGCCUUCUGCUGGACCACCUGUACAGAUUCUAGCAUCCAGCCCCACUGCUCCUGGCUUUGGACAGUCCCCCUUAAGAAUCAACACCAUAACCCCAAUUCAGAGUGUCGCCUCUCCUGCCAGUAUAGCUCCUGGUGUGCAGCUGUUAAACUCUGGGCUCAUUCAAAUCCCUGCAACUACACCAGGAAACUUGCUUCUCGGUGGAGGCCCAUUCUUAAGUGUCCAGCAAGGAAAGCUAAUACUGACCAUUCCAGCAGGAAUUCAACUUGCAGGAGGACUGCAUGGAGAAUCCCUGCUUCUGGGAAGCCCUUCUCCUGAGCAGGGUAUAAAUGCCGCAUCCCCACUUGGUAGCUCAGAGGACAUUGAAGAUGAGUCCAAAAUCCUCACACAGCUACAGUCCGUACCUGUUGAUGACGAUUUGGGUCUGUAG